CAUCCAAUCAUGUCGACUCUUACUUAUAUUUCCACUCUUUCUUUUCCCUUUCUCUAUUCUCAAGUAGCUUUAAAGAGGGAGAGAAAGAGGUUCGUUUUUUCAGUUUGAAUAUACAGCAAUUUCUAUGUGUGAAUUAUGAUUGAGGAAACGUGUACAAGCGGAUGUGAAAGCACAGAAGAGGUUUCAGCAAUGGAAGUUCCAAAUUCCGAUGGAGACGUCCGGCGGAGUAGAGAUACAGAUGUUACAAGCUCUGGCACCGGUAAGAGAAGAAGAUUGGAUUCUCAAGAUCAGGAGAGUGUUUUUCAGCUUCGGUUUCGGUCUCGACGUGAGAUUGACGUCAAUUUCCAUGAGAAUGUUGUUUUGACGGCGGUGUCUGGUGUUUCUGAUCAUGUUUCGUCGUUUAUGUGCUCUAUUAUUGACGAUUCCAGACCAGAUCUGAAGUCGGAGUGUCUUUCCGAAACAGAAAUCUUCACGUUCAGCAACGACGGUUUCAGUAGAGAGACAUCUGCAUCAAGUGUGGUUUCCUUGGAAUCAGAAGAAAUGGAGUACUCGUUAUCCACAUCUACUCCACAGAAGAAGAAGAAGAAGACCGGAGCCGCAAACGACGCUACUUCCGGUCGUAAACCACCACCGGAAAAGUCUCCUUCUCCGGCUGAGCUUGAAGAAUUUUUCUCAGAAGCGGAAAAGUACGAACAGAAACGAUUCACAGAAACGUACAACUAUGAUAUCGUGAAAGAUGUUCCAAUGGAAGGAAGGUACCAAUGGGUUCGAUUAAAGCCAUAAUCAAUGGAUCCAAUCAGCUGUCAAAUCGAAAGACAUAUCAUCUAGUUCUUGAUUAUUCUCCACUUCUACUAAUUUCGAAUUUUAAUUUCUGUAACUAUUUUCCCUUUUUGGGUUUCUGUUAUGACAACAAUUUAGGCUUUAUCUCGUAAUCUAACCUUUCUUCUUCCAUUUCUCCGUCGUUAGAAGCUUCUUCUUCUGCAACAUAACUAUUAACAAACAAUUCUACACUCUCUCUCUUCUGCAACUGUAAUUUUGUGGGGGCAUAUAUGGGACAAUUCCUUGCAGCCUGCUACAAAUCCGGGUAUAAAUACUUUCUUACAAUUAUGUUUAGUUAUUUUCAAAUAAUUUUGGGAAAUUUUGAGAGUUAAAAUUUUGAUUGUGAUCAUAAUUUCCACAUGAAAGAAUCUUGUACAACAUGAUGAUGGUUAUAAAAGUUCCCUUUUUUGUGAAGGGUCCUUUGCGUUGAGCCGUUUGUGUUUUUUGAUCAUUUCAUCUCGUGUUAUUUUGUUGUCAUGUGCACUUUUUUGGCCUACAUUUAUUGCUUUUCCAAUUUUGGAAUUUUAUCUUUCGAGAUUCUUACAAUUAUAUCUUUUUGCAUCUUUAUAGAACUUUUAUCUAUAUAAAGCAACAAGUUUUAUUGUUUUCAAAGACAUUUACGUAUAAAACUGGUGAAUUAGUUAAAUAAAAAUGUGAAAUUUGUUAUGUUAUUAUUAUUAAAGAAUUAUAAAAAUGAAGAAUAAGCGAAGGCACGUGCAAGGAUCGUGCUUCGGAUCCGAUGCAACGAUUUGUAGUUUUGUACUUCCCCAACGCUCCUAUGGCAAAAUCGAGACCCGUGAAGGAAAGAAACAAGAGAAUGUUGCUUGCUAUAUCUAUUAUCUUUUUGUAAUUAAAUAAUCAAAAAUAAGUGUUUGGUACUUUAAAAUAUAUUUUAAUAGG